AUGCUCUCUGGGGCGCAGCUGUGCUUCCAGCUGCUUCGCAUCGGCUCUUCGCUGGGGGGCCCCACGCAGGACCUGUACACCUUUAGGCCGGCGCACGGUCACUCUGUGUUCCGCCUGGGCCGGGCGGAGGAGCUAUGCGACGUCACGCUGGACUCGCCGGCUGUCUCGCGCGUCCAUGCCGAGCUGCACGCCGAGCGCGAGGCCAGUAGUGACGGCGGAGAGGGGGAGGCACAAGAGGAAGGAUGGAGAGUCCACAUCAAGGACAAGAGCACUCAUGGUACGUGGGUUAAUGAGGUCCGCCUCCAAGCUGGCGUCCUUUGGGAGUUAUCCGACGGCGACGCGCUCACCUUCGGGGGCCAUGGGGCUCCCGACGGCCCAGAGUUCUACUUUCUCUUCCAGAAGGUCAAAGUUCGUCCGUUGGACUUUGAUGCCAUCACCAUUCCGAAGGCAGGAACGUUUUCUUCCGAUCUGCAAAACCGGAUCAGAACCAACCCUGAGCGUAUGACGGCACCAGGCGUGGAUCUGUCCAAGCUGUCCAUCAAUCGUUCCACCGUCAUCCUCAACUCCAUCGGCAGCUUGAGCAAGAUGCAGGGCAGCGCGUGGACCUUUAGGAGGAGCCACAGCCACGAGGGGGCCGCCUCCGAUCCGGUCUCCUCGUCCCCGCCUCGUCCUCCUCUGAGCGCCAGACGCUCACCGCCUUCUUACUCCCCUGCUGCCUCCUCAUUGACCCCCAAGUGCGUCGUGCCCAAGUCCUCUGCCCCGAAGGUUCUGGCGCCGGCGUCCAGGAGCCGGAGGAAGUCUGCGCACACGGUGCUGUUGGAGGAUGACAGCUCAGACGAGCCCCGGAGCAGGACGGGUGAGAAUUCUGGCCCUGAAGAAGUGCAACGAUUGCGCGGCAGGAAGAAACGUCGUCUCUACAAGUCCGACUCGGACGACCUCUGCUCGCCUCCCCCGCCUCUGCUGUCUUCCCACCCGCGUCCCCAGGAAGCCAAACCCUUCCCAGUUGGCAUCAGGACCAUCGGCAGCUUCCACGGCGCCAUGACCAACUCUCGUCUCGACCACCACGUCCUACCUCCGCUACCAAGACAAGAACGGCAGGAGGCGGCGCCGCCGCGUCACCUUCACAACACGGCCACGUUUCGCCAGCAGAGAUCCGUGCCGCCGGCGCCGAGGGGUCGUCGGAGGGCUAACAGUGCGCCGGUUUUCUCUCCCUUGGUGGUCGGAGGGGAGAGUUACAACCUGGCGUCACCCUCAGUGAGGGUUUGCGCGGCGCCGCGUGGCCGGCCUGCGUUCAACAGGUUCCACCAGCAGCCUGGCAAGCGUCGCGGCCGUCCGAGGAAGCACCCACUUCCUCCUCGGCCUUCCCUUCCCUCGCCGUCCUCCUCGUCUUCCUCCUCAACUUCCACAGCCUCGUCCUCCUCGGGCUCCUCUUCGUCCUCGUCUUCCGAUGAAGACGACGAGCCCUCCACGGCCGUUUCGUCCGCCGGGGGCUCGGUGGAACCGUGCGCGGCCGCCCACUGCCUACUGCCCCAACAGGACCCAGUCCAGUGGAUCCAGUGCGACGUAUGCGACGCCUGGUACCACAUCGACUGUCUCCACAUCGAUCGAAAAAAGCUUCUGCGAGACCCCAACGCCGACUUCCACUGUGGCUGCUGUUGA